GCGCCGAAGGGGACAGUGGCGCCUAAAGAACAGCCCUGAAAAUUGAGGGGUACACACCGGAACAGCUUGUGUUGUAGUCAAUGCAGGUGUUGUGAUGGUUUGUUUUAUAGUCAAAGUUAAUGUAUGUCGAAAUUCAUGAAGAGUUUCGGAGAUUACUUCUCUGAAAGCAGUCUGAGGCCCAAAUAUGUCAUCGGGGAUAUGGCGCUGAUUCAACUCUUGUCUUUGGAAGCUUGGAGCUGAGUUUCAGAGGUAAAUGAGUACCGCAAAUUUCGGAAGGCAAAAAUCUUGGUUGCCGUCCUCGAGCAAGCCUGGGUCAGCCAGUUCCUUGAUCUCUCUGGCUAUGCCAGAUGACUGGUUGGAAGGCCUGCCUAUGCCAAAAUCAUCUGGCAGAGCUGGGUCAUUGAAGAAUUUAGCCAAGUUCCCCAGUGUUGACAGGUCCAGGGGCCUCCCGAGCGUCCCAGAUUUCAGACCCUCGGCAGCUGGACCUGUGAGAGCCAUGCCACAGGCUCUUGAAUUUUCGAGCAAAAAGUCCAGUCCAGUGGUGUUCGAAGACCUCGAUGACACAGAUUAUUCCUCUUCCUUCGUGCAUGUGCCAAAGGUAGUGGUUGGGUUGCGUCCAGGUCAUGGGGGGCAAGGGUACACUUUUGGCGGAAGGGAAGCAUUUCCCUUGGAAUUAAAUUCUGCCAUGGACAUUCGGAACUUGUUGUUCGGGUCCAUCCUGAAGACGUUUCCUCCUGAAUGGUCAAAGCAGGGAUUUUUAUUCUCUGAUAUGACGGGGCUGAAAUUUGGCUUGGUCCAACAUGGAGGAGGUCCUUGUGGAGUUUUGGCAGCCCUUCAGGCAAUGACUCUCAGGAAUCUACUGUUUGGUUCAGCUUUAUACCCGAAGAGUGACAAAGGAGCAACUUUUCCGAACGUUGAUCCCAGUCCAAGUGAGAGAAACGCUGCUCUGAUCGCCGCCAUGGCUGAAAUUUUCUCUAAAACCUCCGGACCUGGGAAAAACCCACGUAUUGUUAUGCCAGCAGGACGGAAGAAUUUUUCAGCAGUAGGAAUGUACAAAAGUGAUGGCAUCACUGAGUCUUUGGCAGUCAUUCCCAUGAAGUCCAGGCAAGACACUGUCAGCUUUCUAGACAUCAUGAAUGUGAAGUCAAAGCUUGAGAAAGGAAGACCUGCUACUAGUGCGGAUGAAAAAAUGUUUCUUCUGUAUCCUCAUGAGGUUUCUCAAAGAAACAGACCCUCGGCAGCCGGACCUGUGAGAGCCAUGCCACAGGCUCUUGAAUUUUCGAGCAAAAAGUCCAGUCCAGUGGUGUUCGAAGACCUCGAUGACGCAGAUUAUUCCUCUUCCUUUGUACAUGUGCCAAAGGUAGUGGCUGGGUUGCGUCCAGGUCACGGGGGGCAAGGGUACACUUUUGGCGGAAGGGAAGCAUUUCCCUUGGAAUUAAAUUCUGCCAUGGACAUUCGGAACUUGUUGUUCGGGUCCAUCCUGAAGACUUUUCCUCCUGAAUGGUCAAAGCAGGGAUUUCUAUUCUCUGAUUUGACGGGGCUGAAAUUUGGCUUGAUCCAACAUGGAGGAGGUCCUUGUGGAGUUUUGGCAGCCCUUCAGGCAAUGACUCUCAGGAAUCUGCUGUUCGGUUCAGCUUUAUACCCGAAGAGUGACAAAGGAGCAACUUUUCCGAACUUCGAUCCCAGUCCAAGUGAGAGAAAAGCUGCUCUGAUCGCCGCCAUGGCUGAAAUUUUCUCUAAAACCUCCGGACCUGGGAAAAACCCACGUAUUGUUAUGCCAGCAGGACGGAAGAAUUUUUCAGCAGUAGGAAUGUACAAAAGUGAUGGCAUCACUGAGUCUUUGGCAGUCAUUCCCAUGAAGUCCAGGCAAGACACUGUCAGCUUUCUCAUGGAUCACAUCGGUGCCUGGAUUGGAUCAGAAAACUCUCAAGCUUUAAUCCUUUUUGUUUACUCACUAAUCUUGUCCAGAGGCAUCCCAGUGAUUAAAGAGGACAUGGAUAGUCCCACCAAUACGCUGAUAGCUUCCCAUGGUUACAGCACCCAAGAAUUAGUGAAUCUGGUUCUUGUCGGGCAAGCUGUGUCCAAUGUCUUUGACAACGAUAUCACGCUGGGAGAUGACGUCGGUCCCAAGGGAUCUUCUGUUAUGAAGCUCAGAGGCGUUCACACAAGGUCUGAUAUAGGGUUUCUGUCUCUGUUUGAGCACUACAAAUCCUGCCAGGUGGGAAGUAAUUACAAGUCCCCGAAGUACCCAGUGUGGGUCGUUUGCAGUGAAAGCCAUUACAGUGUGCUAUUUUCUGGAUCCAAGGAACUUUCAACCACUGACUGGCAAUGGGAGACAAAUCCCAAGAAAUUUGACCUAUAUUACUAUGAUGGUCUUGCAAGACAAGAUCAUCUUAUUCGCUUGACCGUUGAUGUUUCAUCCGACAGUAUUCGCAAAACGUCGCCGCACAGUGACUUGAUUCCCCCGCUAGAAUUGUGCAUCAGGACAAAGUGGCCAGAUGCAAGAGUGGAAUGGAACGAAUCCGAACCAAUUCUUCCACCUGUAUUAGCGGUGGACGGACUUCUCGCCGGAGCUCACAUAUGUUUCAUCCGACAGUAUUCGCAAAACGUCGCCGCACAGCUGUGGCGGACUGUGACGCUUCGUCUAACCGCUAACCGAAUGUAUUUGGCUCACCCUGCGGGCUUAAUCGACGGAUCGCCGGAACUGCACAUAAUUAUUGAGCGUCACGUGAUCUUUUCUUUGUAUAAUUUGGACGGUCUAUCUGAAGAUCAUCCCGAAAUUUUUCUUUCCUUGGAAACUGCUGCCUUCGAGCGAGUCCUGAGUACUGUUCGUGGAUCGCAGUUUUCAACGUUGAGAUCAAUCAAGAUGCAGCUUACGAACAAAGGCGGAGCGUGUCUAACUCUCGAUCUCGAACUGGAAUGUAAGAAAACUGGGAUGGUUCGCAACAUGAUCCACGACAUUCCAGUUGACGUUAUUCCUCUGAAUGAGUGGAACGGCGUGCCCACUCCUGCUCCCAUGGAGUUCUCGGCAAUUUUUUCCCUUCCUUCGUCGCCGUUAGUCAGCAAUCUUUUCAGCUUUCUCAAGGGAAAUACUCAUGGAGUGAACAUCGUUGUUCAACAUACUCAAUCUAAGCAUGGCGUGAAAGGUACUUUCCGAUUCACUGUGAACGCGGACAUGUAUUCCAUUGCCCUGAACAUGUUUGAAUUGGACGUUCCACCGCAAUCUAUUGUACCUCUGGUUUUGAAUUACGAUGAAAUCGCCCGUGGCCGCUCAACGGAUGCCAACAUCACGAAUAAUUUCUCCGCGACAGUGAAAUUCAAAAAAAUGAGCAGUCUUCUCUCCGUUUUGGACAAUUCCAAGUCGAAGCAAGAACCGAUUGCAAUGGGUCUUUCGGCUAAGGAGAACUCGGUUUGUUUUGCGCAAUGUCCAUGCGCAGGAAUAUCCGUCAACGUCCUUUUGCCUUACCUUUGCUCCGCCGACUAGUUCUGAUUUUCAAAUGGCAUU